AAAAUUCUCUCUCUCUCUCCAUCUCAUAGAUUUGCAAAUUUAGAAAAAAGAGGAAGAAAUCUUUCACAUUUGGAUCCUCAGAAUCUCUCAGCUUUUAGCCUUUUUCCUUAAAUUAAAGCAAAAGCUACCCUCACGCCACACCACAAACUCUCUCUCUCUCUCUUUCCCAUUUCGUACGCUCCUCAACCCAUAGCUAUGCUAUAAAAGUCCCCAUUUCCUCUUCCUACUUCUCCGUAUAUUUUCUACUGUUUUCGCUCUAUUCUACGCAGACCCAAUUCAGUGUUGAGGCUAAAGAUUGUUUUUUGAGCGGAUUUUCCUGGGGAUGGAGACGGCCAGGCAGGUUUUUCGGCGGAAUUUGCAGGAGAAUGUUGAGGUUUGUGAUGGUUCACCGGAGCUACAUGUUCUUGCCGUGGAUGACAGUCUCGUGGACCGGAAGGUCAUCGAACGGUUGCUGAAGAUCUCGUCUUGUAAAGUAACGUCUGUAGAGAGUGGGACGAGAGCUCUUCAGUAUCUUGGUUUGGAUGGAGAGAAGGGGAAGGGCUCGGUUGGUUUUGAUGGUUUGAAAGUUAAUCUCAUAAUGACGGAUUACUCAAUGCCAGGGAUGACAGGAUAUGAACUGCUCAAGAAGAUCAAGCAGGAAUCAUCGGUUCUGAAAGAGAUACCAGUGGUGAUCAUGUCAUCCGAGAACAUCUUGACUCGUAUUGAUAGGUGUUUGGAGGAAGGGGCGGAGGAGUAUCUGGUGAAGCCAGUAAAAUUGUCAGAUGUGAAACGUUUGAAAGAUUUCAUAAUGAGAGGGGAAGGAAAAGAUAGUGGAGAAACAAGAAUACGCAAGAGAAGGCGACGUGAUGAUCACUCUUCCUUACCACAGUCAGUGACAUUAUCAUCAUCACCAGCACUUGCUUGUGAUCCAUCAUCUACCCUAAUGCCAUCAUCAGCACCAUCUGCAUGUUCCUCAAAGAGGGCCAAACUAUGCAUCUAAAGAUUAAUUUGCCAUCCGUUGCAUUUGAGUGGCAAUUUUUGUUAGCACCCAAGGGCUUGGUGUUUUUGUUUGGUUUGGACAUGAUUUUUUUUAUCCUAUUUUUCCACAUUUUACACUGGUCCACACAAUUUCUGUCUAAUGUAACUAGGACCAGAAAUAGAUAAACAAGGAGAUAGAAGAAUCAGAAAUGGUAGGAAAUAUUUUUUGUUCUCUCUUCCUUUGUGUAAAGAUGAAGUUCUUUAUAAUCAAUGAAUUCCCAAAUAUUUUGAGGGGUCGUUUUGU